AUGGAGUUUGGGGAUGAGCUGAUAAUAGAGAGCUACAAAAUCCCAUGGCUUAUUUGGGUUCAAUUGCUUGUUAUGAUCCUCCUAAUUGUCCUCCUCUUUUUCGGGUUCACCGUCGUUACUUCAGACUCCUCCACCAGCUCCGCCGCCGCCCAGCCGCCGACUGGCCGUAAGGAAGCUCCGGCGACCCAUCUCGGGCACCAUAUCUCUUCCAACGGAAUGAUUAAGGUGGAAGAACACCAUGUCGGAACUAGUGGAGGCCCGACGGGAGAAGACAGUCAACAGCACGAACAUGAAUCUUCUCCCGAAAAGGAUUCUGCAGUUUUGAAUAUUUUCAAGCAACCAAAUCACCCUUGCAGCUACAUUGCGAUUGCAAAGCAAGCGCUUUACAAGUGCUUCGGCUUAGACUCUGGCUCUGAGAUCUCAAGCAUUUACCGGCAUGAGAAAAACGAGUGA